UGAACACGUCUCCUGAAACCGUUAAUGUUUACAUGAAAAAUCGAACGAUCGAAUGAAAAUUCGCUGUGAAAAUAACUGGACACUCAACUUUUGAUCUGUUUAUUAUCUUCUACUGUGUUUGUUAUAAAAUUUUGUUAUAUUACGAACUUUUGAUAUCUAAAGUGGUCAUCUAAGCGUUGUAUGUGGUCAUUCGUUUCCCCGGGCUAGUACCUAAUCGGUAUGCAACUGCGUCGGAUCAACAGGCUCCGCUGCCAAAAGGCUGUUGUUUGUUUUGUCAGUCGCAGGAGCCAGUGAUGCGGCGUGAUGUACGGUAACGCCACCGAGGAGGGCGAGGGCGACUCCACGGAACAGGCGCAUAUCGUGGCACUCCUCACACUCUAUAUCCUCGUCUCUGUCAUCGGUAUUGUUGGUAAUGUAAGUUUAAUGGCUGCGUUAGCGUCAAGUGGUGCGUCGCGUCUGCGCACGCCGCAACUGUUGAGCGUGUGUGCGGCGGACCUGCUGGUGUGUGCAGCCAGCGCGCCGCUCGCCGCCACCCGCGCCGCCAGCAUACACCACCUGCCGUGCCAUGUCACACAUUACAUUGAAUCGUUCCCGGUGGCGGCGAGCACGCUGUCGCUGGUGGCGAUGGCGGCGGACCGCUGCGGCGCGGUGCGGCGCGGUCGCGGCUCGCUGUGUGCGCGCGCCUUCCUCGCCGUGUUCCUCGUGUGGCUCACAGCGCUACUGCUUGGUGCAGUCACUGUGGUAGCAACCUGCCUGUCGUGUCCCCCGCUGGCCGCAGCGCACGCGGUCGUUACCUACUGCAUACCUGUCAUAGCUGUCACCCGCUGUCACUGGGCCGUGCGCGUCAAACUGACAGCGCUGUCACUGACAGCUAGAGCUGCGCACGGCGAGCUGCCUCUCCCCGUCCCGCUGAUACGGAGACCGACACACGUCAUAAUUGUCGCUGGAGUGGGAAGAGAAAGAAGAGACGCGGUAGACGUCGGCGAUGUACGACCAAAGAAGUUGCAACCGAGUUUAUUGGGCCCGCAACCACAGACGUCUACGUUGCGGUCAAGACGACGUCUUGGGAACGUUCUAGUUGGGAUCGCUUUAGUUUUCGCCGCUUGCUGGUGUCCUCACGCAGCGAUAGUUGUGUGCAGCACGUUUGGUCUGCACGCUCCUUUGGUUGUAAGUCAGUACGCCUUGCUGCUGGGUCACGCGCACUCAGCGAUCAAUGCUGCGGCGUACUGGUUGCUGAAUAGACACGCGUUGACGGCAGCGUGUGCGGCGUGGAGGAUCCCCCAGCUCAGGGUCCGAGAGGAGAGGCCUUCGUCCACGAACGAGGCGGCGUUGGGAGCCUUUCAUCCCCGUCUCGCGAGGCCGGCGCCCUCCCCCCGACCGCCUCCCUCUAGCUUUCUAUAUUGAUGUCCAUCUGUAUUCCGUUUCACAACUUGUGGGUACUGUGUCAAUUUAUAUUAAACUUGAGAAUUCGCUUCUUAGCUAAUGAAACUGUUUUCUCAAAUGUGUUUCUAAAGUAAGCUCUGGAAAAGCUACUUGAAAUAAAUUCAUUUGUAUUUUUUAAUAUAUAAUUAACUCUUUUUAUUCAUCAACAUAUUUUCGCGACACAGUUCAAAGCAAACUGUAUACCUACAUGUCUGUAACUUUAGAAGAAAGAAUCAAACGUUUUUUACAUAAUAUAUAUUCUUAAAACGUCAAAAAUGGAUUUCAAAUAAUAAUAUUGUAUGUUUUUUGUACAGACUAGUAAAUUUUAUUCUUGUUAUGUAAACGUGUAUUAGGUGUAAAAUAUAUUUGUAAAUAUAAUUAAAACUAAAUAAUAAUAUAAAUGUAAAAAUAUAACACCGCGCUUCCUCAAACUAGCGCGUCGUUUCACCGACAUUGCAUUUAUGACCGGUACACACAUGUCGGACGGCAGAAGGAUUGGCAAUUAAAACCCUCAAAGUAUAGGUUUUGAACAGGCGCAUGUCAGCGCAUGCAUGCACCGCCGCAGUAUCCUUGUUUCACUGGAUGCUUCAGAGAAAACUCGAUUCAAGAUCAAUCACCUUAUUUCUAGGAUAUGUUGCCAAAAUUGUCCUACGAAAAGAUUUUUUUCAACACUCUUUUACAUAUUUUAAAAUCUAAAAGAGUGUAGAAAAACAUCUUUUUUAUAAAUCAGUUUAUUAUAAAUAGUGAUAAAAUUAUUUAAACCUCAAACGUGUCUCAAUGUGCUUUGAAGUAUUUAUGAAUAGGCUAAUUUUGUACGUACGUAUAUGUAUGCAUCAGGGGCGUAGCUACCGCCUUAACAGCCGUAUCAAUAAAACGGACCCUUCUAACGUGUGAAAGCAAAAAUUAUUAAAAUAUAAGUAAUCCACAAUCUCUUUUUUCCCUAGUUAAGCGUGCGCCUAAAAGUUAAAAACAUCCUACACUCAUGUUACUAUAGUUUAAGUCACUGCCAUAUUUAUUUUAAGCGAGCAUUUUUCUUUUGUGAGAAAUCUUAACCCUUCAUUUGGGCCCGCCAACUAAUUUUGAAACAGGGCCCCUGUAAGGCACGCUACGCCACUGGUAUGCAUUGUCCGUUACCUCUGCCGUCUUUCUGUAGUCUGUGCUAUGCCGGCCAUAUUGUAAGAGCUCUGUUCUAACUUUUACGAAGUAACAGUACCCACCGGUCGUGAAACGGACAAUAUCUUCUAAGCUCUCUCGAUCUGUGAUUCCUGUCUCUCAGUGCCUCGUAUAGUCUACGCAAGAGUAUCUCGCGCGCCGUUAUAAACGUAGCUCGAGAUUUUAUUGUGAAUAUCCGUCAAGCAAUAAAGUGUAUGAAACUGUUGUGUUUGUUUUACUGCCGUCGCGAAUAGCGGCGUAAACAUGUAUAGAUGUGUAAUUAUUUUCCUUCUACAGAAUUGUUUAUGGGUUUCCUUAACGUUCGGAAAUAAAAGGUACCUCCGUUUUAUUAAUAGACCUUUAAUAAAGGUGGAGGAAUACCGGCUAAUUGAGAGGGGUUUAC